UCAACAAAACGCAGUCAGGUAAUUUGUGUGUACGUAGUUUCAAUCGGUAAAAGAGAUCUCAAAAAGAAAAUCUCUCCUAAUUUAAAAUAAAUUGAUCGGAUAAAACCUAUAAUAGGUCAUGAAACAUAACAAGUAGGUGGAUUAUUAUUACAGCACAACUCAUAUUUACAUGCUAUAGACGAGGUUACUGACAAACGACACUUACCCCAAUACUGAACCUAUUAUCUUUGGCACCUACCACAAUUAAAUUGAGCUCCCAAGAUUGAACCUAAUCCACCUCCGGCACAGCUCCCAUCUUCAUCCAGUUUAUACAGCUAGCAGUUGUUUUCAGCCAUAGAGGUAGCAGUUUUCCAGUUAGAACCUCCUUCAUAACUGGUUUGCUUUGCAUUACCCAAACUAACCAUUUUUUCUAGGAAUAGAGAUCUUAUCGGUACGUGAAUUCUAACUUUUUACCGCAAACGCUUGAUCAUCAUUUAGCAUUUCUCACUUCUUUGGUUCUUAACAGAAACACACAAUAUGCUCAUAUUACACCACAUUUUUUCCCGUCGAGUCCUUCAGAAAGCUAACAGAACAGAGAAUGUUAAAUAUAGUGGAAAGUUAAGUGCCGGCGUUGUUUGUUUGUCAGUUUUCGAGUGAACAAUUGAAUGUUUGUUAGUUGCAGUCAAGUCACUGCAGCUAAAAGCUGGGCCUAUUUGACAAACUGGUCAGUCUUGCCUGUCUUGCAUGUUCAUCUAUUAAUAAACAACUUAAAUAGUCAUUGUUUUGGGUUUUUAUGAUUGGUCGAAUGAUUAACGUACACAAGAAGAAGAAAAGUAUACUAGGCACUUGAACCGGAAAGACGACUGAAUUAGCACCGCCCUAAAGGCUGAGGGCGCGAUUUUACUUCAAAAAGAAAAUUUCGUAAAUAAUUAAACAGAGAAAUGAAAUUGUAUACAUAUUAAUACCUAUUAACCGUAGAAUACGAAUGCAGAGACUCGGACAGGAAUAACAGAAAUCUGGCGGUUGGAAACUUAAUAGCAUCUUAGUGUAAGGCUGAUAAAACCAACUGAUUGACGAUGGAGGAAGUAAUUGUUCAGAGGUUUUAUUGAUUGUAGAUUUAUUUUUCCCAUUUUAUUUUAACGCAAUCGAAGAGCGACUUUGCCCUGCUGUGCAGGUGAGAAAUACGUGUUUGACUAAGCGAUUAGCUAAAAAAUUUGAAAUUCAUCCAAGUACGCGUGUGACUUUUUAAAACGGCUGAACUGUUCGAGAAAACGCCACAACAUUGUACGCUCCUGCAAAUUAAUGUUGUGAGCUUUGAACUCAAUUUAGGAUGGGGAACCUUUUUACUAUGAGAAAACUGGAGUUUGAAGCACAGCCGAAGAACCAGCGACCCAUUAUAGGAAUUCUCUCUCAGGACAGCUCUGAAAAGUUCGCCAAAUAUGGAAAGUCAUACAUAGCGUCGUCUUACGUCAAAUACAUUGAGAGCGCUGGUGCUCGUGUUGUUCCAAUACGAAUUGACUUAUCAAAAGAAGAAUUGGAAUCACUCUUCAACAGCAUCAAUGGGGUGUUGUUUCCAGGAGGAGGCGCUAGUCUGUCCGACUCAGGCUACCUCAGGACUGCGAAGAUGAUUUAUGACCUGGCAAUACAGGCUAAUGACAAGAAAGAUAUUUUUCCCAUGUGGGGAACUUGCCUCGGUUUCGAGCUACUCAAUGUACUUGCCAGUGGCCUUAAAACUGAGGAACUUUUGGUGUCGUGCGACGCAGAAAAUUACUCCAUACCACUGGAAUUUACAGGAGGUUGUUUUGGGUGCUUUGGGAAUCGUAUGUUUGGUUUUGCACCGGAAGAAGUUUUGAAAACUCUCAAACAACAAGCAGUUGCUUUUAAUAUGCACAAAAAAUGCGUGCCCAUCGAGAAAUUCUGGGCAACAAGCAGCCUUGCAGGAUUCUUCGAUGUCCUCUCAACUAACAAGGAUAAGAAUGGACUACGGUUUAUCUCUACCAUUGAAGGUAAAAAGUAUCCAAUUUACGGGACACAGUGGCACCCAGAAAAAUUCCAGUUUGAAUGGGAACCGAAGGAAGCUAUUAGCCAUUCAACAGACGCCAUUGUCGUUGGACAAUACAUGGCAAACUUUUUUGUAAAGCAAGCUCGGCAGAGCACGCACCACUUUCCAAGUGAGGAAGAAGAGGAAAAGGCACUUAUUUAUCAGUACAACCCACUGGAUACUUCAAAGGAAUCCACAUUCGAACAGUGCUACUUCUUUUAGCUUCAACCAAACAGUGCUUUCUUCUGGGUAUUUGCCUCAAAUGUAAGGGGGUAUUUUCUAAGAAAUUCACGUAAAAAUCAUCAAUACAUUUUCUCUCUAUAAAAUAAACUUUUUUGUAACCAUGAUUACAAAUAAAGGUUGAAUUGCCGGCCAACAAAGUCGAGCGACAAAUUAAACGUUUGAUGGCAAUGGUGUACACAACGCUUUUCCCGGUUUAAAUAAAUCAAAAAUACGAGUUGCCAGAAUUUAAGUGAGAAGAUCGUCAGGAAAGGAAACUGAGGUGAUGAAAUGUGUUCUGCAUAUGCUCGCGACUAGUAAAAGGAAUUUUUCAGCUGGCGAACAUCGGGCUCUGUCAGGCUACUAGCAGAACAAAAAGAAAUCAAGUUCCAAUUAAGAUUCAAUCACUGUCAACUGCGAAUUAAAAUUCUGUCCCUAAAUCAGUCUGUAAGGUUCUUACUGAAAGUGUUGUCUUUGUAGAAUACACGCACGUAGAAGCAUAAUUCUGUUUCUAGAUCUGUUAUCAAUAACGGUAUUUUAAAGAGUGGGAAACAAAAAUAAAACUCGAAACUACUUCUCUCGG